GUUCCUUCUUCCCUUCCCUGAAGCCCUCGGGAAUGGCCUUCAAGAUUAUCUUCUGGCUGGGCUACUUCAACAGCUGCGUGAACCCCAUCAUCUACCCCUGCUCCAGCAAAGAGUUCAAAAGAGCGUUCAUCCGCCUGCUGAAGUGCCAGUGUCGUCGGAGGAGGCCCAUCUGGAGGGUUUAUGACAACCCUUGGCGAGGGGCCUCCGUCAACGGCUCUAGCCGAGACUCGGAGAGGGAGCCCCGUUCCAAGAUCUCCACCCUCAACGGCUCCUUCAUAUUGAACUCCCACAGCUUGGAACGACCGAGCAGGAGGAAGGCUCUGAACUUGAAGCGGUGGAGGAUAUUCUCUCCGUUCCGCAGGCCCACCGUCCAGCUGAAAGAGAAAAUGAACAGCCUCUCCCACAAAAUGCGCGGCAGCUCCCUCAGAGGCGGCAUGGCGGCCUCCUUCAAAACGGAGGUGGAGUCGGUGUCCAUCGGCAUCCCCAAUGAGUUCUUGGAAUGCAUCGACUACCACCUGUACGACGACCUGACCGACUCGGAGUCUUGUGGGCUCAAAGAGACGGAUAUUUGA